AAAAUGGGGAAUGUGUAAAUUAUCAUGUGGUUGAUAGUGUGGAAGGACACAGUAAAUUACAUGGAGAUAUCAGUGGAUCGGCAAGGUUUGCAGAAAACUGGCAAAUGAUAUUUAAUCUUGAGAUUAAGCAGAAUACACAGGAAGCAGUGGAUAUAAUGUAUUUGGAUUUCCAAAGGUACAUGGGGAUGUAUGUUUGACUGAGUGCCAUCAAGAUGGAUGAGACAUUGCCUGCUGUUUCACCUGCUUCUUCUCUCAUCAUUCAAUCUAAGACUCACAAAGACACAGUUUUAACUAACUUUGAAGAACAAAGAAAAAGAAAUUUCUUAUGUGACAUCACUUUAAUUGCUGAGGAUGUUCAUUUCAAAGCACACAAAGCACUGCUUGCUGCUAGCAGUGAAUAUUUCUCUCUGAUGUUUGCUGAUGAAAGCCAGCAAGGUCAAGGUAUCUAUAUGCUUAAUGGAAUGGCAGCAGAUACCUUCAGUGCUGUGCUGGAAUUCAUAUACACUGGUCGUCUGAAUGUUGCUGAAAAGUCCAUUGAGCAUAUUGUGACCAUUGCUGAGAUUCUGAAAGUGAAUGAUUUAAUUAAAGCAUAUUCAGACUAUCAGGACAACCACUUACAUGUUAAGGUAUCAUUGGCUUCCAAUGGAAUUAAAGUGGUAGUUGUGGAUCCCAAUGUUGAUAAUGAUCAGCCCUCAAAGCCAAAACGCAAAAGGGGAAGACCCCGGAAAUGUGAACAGCUGCAAACAGAAAGGACUGAAGCUGACAGUGGGACUCCAACUGACCCACAAGAACAUCUGAGCACAUUGGAAGAACCUACAGAUGAAUCUCAUUGUAAAACAGGCAAUAAGGUUACCAAUGAAGGGAGACAAAGCUGUCAGAUUUCAGAACCAGAAACCUGUUUUGAUGCUAACGCAGUUUCACAGACAGAAGGUUAUGAACGUAAAUUAACGGCGGUGGGUCGCAGCCGCUAUAGCAACCGUAGAAUUCAGAGGCCUAUUAAGUUAAUGGGGUACAAGCUUGGCACAGUAGAGGAGGAACAAGAGGAAAUGAAGAAGCGAGGGAGGAAGAGAAAGUAUCCGGAUGUGGAGGCUAGAUGUGAAGACUGUGAUAAAGUAUUCAAAAAUCACCACUUCUUGGCCACACAUCGAAGGACACACACAGGUGAACGUCCUUUUAAGUGUUUUGAAUGUGGUAAAGGAUUUUCACAGAAGCACACGCUGCAGGUUCAUGAGCGAAUGCAUACAGGGGAGCGCCCUUAUCACUGCACAGUUUGUGGAAAGGCAUUGACCACCAAGCACUCUUUGUUGGAGCACAUGAGUCUGCACACAGGAAAGAAAGCUUUUAAUUGUGACCAGUGUGGGAAGGUUUUUACUCAGAGAAGACAGUUGAAGAGCCAUUACAGAGUCCAUACAGGUCAGUCUAUGCCUGAAUGUGUGCACUGUCAUCGUAAAUUCAUGGAUGCUGCUCAGCUGAAGAAACAUAUGAGAACACACACAGGCGAGAAACCAUUUACAUGUGAGAUUUGUGGUAAAUGUUUUACUGCAAAGAAUACCCUGCAGACCCACAUCAGAAUCCACAGGGGAGAAAAACCCUUUACCUGCACUAUAUGUGGAAAAUCCUUUGCUGAUCCAAGUGCUAAAAGACGUCAUGAUGCCAUGCACACAGGAAACAAGCCUUUUGUGUGUCCAACUUGUCAUCAGCGAUUCACUCGAGCUGACAAUCUUAGGUCUCACAUGAAGAUUCACAGCAAGGAGAGGAAAAACAGUGAGAUCAUUAAUGUUCCAGCUAAUGGGGAUGCAGAAGGAGUGAAGACUAUCUUGCAACUGCAGCAGUACCAGCUUCCUACUGUAGGUGAACAACAGAUACAGCUGGUGGUAACAAAUGAUGUUGACAAUAUUAAUUUCAUGCCCAACCAUGGACAGAGCAUUCGUAUUAUUUCGGCAGAGGGAUCACAGAGUCUACCUAAUGACCAGGCUUCAAAUUUGGCUCUGCUUACUCAGCAAGGAGAGCAUAUGCAGAACCUGACUCUGGUAGCUCAGCCUGGCCAAACAGACAACAUCCAAACCAUUGGCAUGGUGGGAAACCAGCAAUGUCCAGGCCACCCAGAGCAUAUGCAUGUGAUCACAUUGACGAAAGAGGCAAUGGAGCACCUCCAGGGUCAAGCUCAACAACUGCAGAUAACACAGGGGAGAUCACAGCCUAUUAGUCUUGGGCAGGAGCCCACUCAGCCAGUUCAUUUGAACCAGGAAACAGCACAGCAUCUUCAACAAGGUCGAUCAGCAGAUGUUUCUGAUCCAUCAACUCAAACAAUCUCUGUGAACCAAUCUUCACAACAAAUGCAAGGAGAGCCACUUGCAGAUCAAACAUUCCAGUUGCAAGCGGACAAUGUUUCUUACCUUUACACUACUAACUUAGUUACACACAGCUAGAAAAAUCAAAAAAUGUAGUUGCAACUGUUUACUGAAAAUAGGAUAAUGAUUAUGUAACUAAGAGGUUAUCACAUAAUCUGUGAUAUUCACAGUCACAGUUUAUCUUUAAUAUAGCACUCUAUUGGUCUAUUUUAAGAAUUCAUUUGAAAAUUGAUUUGUUCCAAAUUAUUUUCUCCUCUUUGCUUUUACUUCUUUGAAGGUUUCCCAUUUUCAAUCUUACAUAAUAUUAUGAUGAAUUUUCUUUCCCCUCUACUUCCUAUUCUCAAAAUCAGAGUGGAAAGGAGGAAUGAAAUGAUUUGCAUAUUCUUGAUAUGCAAUUUGAAGAUUGAUAUCCUCAUUAAACUUUUUCUUUAAACAAGUUUCCUGAAAAACAUGCUUCACUCUUGGUCAGGUCAACACAAAAAAUUUAAAACACCCAAAUAGUUCAGAAGAGGCUCAUGUUUCAUUUAUCUGUUUUCUGUUGUGCCUUUUCAUAACCAGUCUUAAACUUGAAUGCGUUACAACAAAAUUAACUCCUCCUAAUUGCUGCUGUCCUUUAUAGUGUUUUUUAAUUAAGUGUCAAUAUGAAUUUUUUAAAUAUUACAAUUCUCAUCAACUCAUGGUUUAAAAUUCAUUGUGUCUAAAUGAUUCACAUCACAGAAUGCAAAGUACUUGUAUGAUUAUGUGGCUAACUUUUGUUUUAGGAGAUGAACAUUUAAAAGAUACUGCAUCACUAACUCAGGAAUAACAUUAUUAGAAAUAUUUUCUUUUGCAACUUUAAGAUAUAUUUUGUGAUACAGUACCUCAAGUUGCAUCUUUCUGCUCUCUGUUUUCAAGCUUCAGCUUCUGAUGAUGCUGUGGAUAUAAUUACAACUACAGUGUGUUUUCUUCUGAAAAAGAGAUCAUAUUUUACAAAUAAAUUCACUUUUUGCUUUAAAUAUCGCACACAAUCUUGUUUAUGUGCCUAAGCAUAUGAUUGGCUUCAAUUUGUUAGCACAAAUACGUGGGUGAUUAGCAUCUCUGAUAGCUACAUCUCAGUUGUGUAAACUGCAUAAUUUAUAUUAAUACAAAGCAUCCAGAAUAUUUUAUAAUAUAAAUAUUGAAGAAUACUAUAAUUUGCAUACUGCCACCAUUUGCUGAUGGGGGAUCAAUCUGCAGACCAAAUGUUUUGUGCAGCAAAACAUUGUAAAUAAUUAUAACUUUUAAUAAAUGUAUGUGCUUUUGAUAGAGUACAUAUUGAUUGCCACAUUGCAGUUAUUCCAAGCUGCCGCUAAUACAGUGCAAGUCAAA